GUUUUUUCACGUGUUUCUUGUAGCUUCUGGAACAGGCUCUUGUAAUAGAGGAGCAGUUGAGGCGUGCUGCAUACCUCAACAUGUCAGAGGACCCCUCCCACCCCUCCAUGGCUCUGAACACCAGAUUUGCUGAAGUUGAAUGCCUGGCGGAGAGUCACCAGCACCUCUCCAAGGAAUCUAUGGCAGGGAACAAGCCAGCAAAUGCUGUGCUGCACAAAGUGUUGAAGCAGUUGGAAGAAUUGCUGAGUGAUAUGAAAGCAGAUGUUACCCGGCUCCCAGCCACCAUCGCUCGCAUCCCUCCCGUGGCUGUAAGAUUACAAAUGUCUGAGAGGAAUAUUCUAAGCCGGCUAGCAAGCAGGGGAGGAGAACCACAACCCCAGCCUCAGAUUGCCCAGCAAUAACAAAUUCCUCCUCUGGUCAGGAGGUCGGAGCAUCCACCCCACUCCAAACAUUCCCAACUAGAAGCAAAGACCUAAGGAGGACACAUGACCUGCAACAGAGUCUGCAGGCAGGAGAGCUGACCAUCACCAGAACCAUUAGCGUACCUCUGUCUCAAGGAUUCCUGGCCUAUGAGGUGACACUGUGACUGCACAGCGCUGAGGACUGUUUAAGAUGGUGCUGCUGCUUCUUCUUAAUGGAGUUAACCCCCUUUGGGGUUCAGGAUUACAACAAGGCCAGAAACUCACUCUGUACUUGGAAGCAAAUUGCUUCCUGAAUUCAGAAGGAAAUAUUUUGUUUUGUUUGUCUUUAAUUUUAUUUGCUCCAGUCCCCCACACUGCCCAAGGGGGUAAGGACAGGUGUCACCCAGGACAGACACCUACCUCCAUCGUUUUUAAUACAGAACGCGUUGUCGUAUAAUAAAACACAAAAUACUUGAAA